AUGACUUAUAAGGUCCUACAUAUGUGGCAUCCCAGCCACAAAGUGCUAGAUUUGGCCGCGGCAGAGAGAUUCUUCAAGGACGUUUUUGGACGUGACAGCGAGCCAGUCGAGAGACACAUACCACCCAAGGAACAAGCUCCCGAGUACCCGCGCGACUAUGCAGUCCUCACCCCGAUCCAGGAGGUACUGUUCGACUCUAUCGACCCCAAGAAGUACGUUGUAGAAGGACGAAAGCCUUACGACGAUGUCACGAAGCCCCAUCUCCAUGGCCUGGGAUGGGUCGUGGAAGGCGCCGAGGAAAUAUACCAGACUUGUCUCAAGCAUGUCAUCCGCAGUACAGAUCAGGUGAAUCGUUUGGGCAGCCCCGAUAAGCCACCUGUCGUCGGCUUUUCAAAGUCUCCUUGCUUUUUCACCCUGCCUGAGGUCACCGGUCUUCGAUACCAGAUCUAUCCGGUCAGCGCGACAGAGGGAGCAGAUCCGCGAGCCGAGCCCGGGUGGAGUGUCCCUCCUCUAUCGGAGAGCGACCCGUUGUCCUUGGAGUUUUGCUCGCACCAUACCGUCCUGACGUGUAAUCCGGAACAAGGCAAAAGGUUCCUAGUGGACAUCCUUCGCGGAAGAAUCAUCCACCAGGGUCGGAACGAGAUUUUGGAAACGGACAGCACGUAUAUUGCUCUGGGGGAUGGAGUGUACGAGCUCGCGGUCCCGACCAGAGACGGGUCUUUUGCCGCAGAAGAGCUCAAACAUCACGAUGUGGCACCCUUUGACUCUUACAUCUCGCUGACGUUCAAGGUGAAGGAUUUAGCAAAGGUAGAGAAGCACCUCGCGGCCAUGAAGAUUCGCACCCUUGUCCGCGACCAGCACACGAUCACGACAGAUCCUGAAGACACUAUUGGGGUGGCUUGGGGUUUCACAGACAAGCUUGUACCGGGGGACCCUAGGACCUAA